CAAAGUUAGCUUCAGACUCGUGUUUUUGACGAAGAAUCGACUUAGUGAUCUUCAUAUUUGAACAAAUAUGAGAUUUUAUUUAUUUAAUUUAUUCCUGUAUAUGUGUACGUUAUUCUUCCCCGUUGAUAGCUGGUGGUUUGUGAGUAGCGGGAACAAUAGAGGGUGUCCAAGAAGAGGUAGUGCUAGUCCAUACUACUUUGGAGUUACAGACCUGGCAUGCAUGAACGACAAAAAGCGAAAAGGCAAACGCAGCGCACCUGCAAGAGGGAUAUGGGACUAUACCCAUCGCUUUAUCUUCUACAGAGGGUAUUAUUUUGAAUUCUUUGUUAAUUCCAAUGCAAGGAUUGAAAGAAGUCGUGCAGCUGGAGGCAAGUGUGGAGGAGGAAGAGAAAGAUCUCCAGCUGGAUACAGCUAUCUAAGUUUGGAUUGUAUCAAACGAUGUGCAAUACGCUAUUCAUCCAAAUUCGGAAAGUACGAUAAUGUUAUAAAUAACUGUCACAGCUUUGCUAAUAAAAUGUCUGAAGUUUUAUGUAGAAGGGGCAGCACGUGCCCGUCGUGGUGCUACUGAUGCAUACCAAUCUCGAAAUACAAUGAUCAGAUGAGACUGUGGCAAUACACAAAAUUUAAUAUUUUAAAAAAGUAUUGUUCUUAAUUUUUUUUUUAAAAAGACAUUGCUCUGUUCAUAAAAAGGAGAGAUCAAGGAGAGGGAAUUAAGUGUAUUAAAUUUAUUUGAGAAAAAACAAAGGAAAACCCGAGUGUAUUCUUUAUAUCAAUGUAAUGCUUAAUUUUCAUAAAAUAACUUACAAUCCUUUGUUUUUUACUUUUAACGUGUGAUUUUUGUUAUUGUUAAUUAUUUAAACCAGAGGCACUUGUUUCGCAUAUAUUGUAUACUAGGUCUUCUUAUUUUUACAGCAAUGCAAUGUACAAUUCUUAAAUAAAAUGAAAUUCGUAAAUUUA